GGGCCGGCGGCAGAUUGGCUGGGCGGGGGGAGACGGCCCGUGAGGAGCGUCUGAGGCGAGGCGAGCGAGGCGAGGCGGUGGCUGCUGCCUUGGGUCGGGUGGCGAUGAGCGUGUCCGGGACCCCCGCGGUGGUGGCCGUGUACAUCAGCAGCAGCCUCAACUCCUUCCGGAGCCAGAAGCGCUACGCCCGAGGCCUCACCCUCGCCGAGUUCAAGUGUAAGUUGGAACUGGUGGUAGGAAGUCCAGCAUCAUGCAUGGACCUGGAGCUCUAUACUGCGGAUGACAAGUUUGUGAUGAAGCUGGACAGCGAUGAAGCCUUGCUGGGCUCUUAUCCCAUUGACGAUGGAUGCAGGAUCCACGUUAUCGACCACAGUGGUGCAAGAAUCGGGGAGUAUGAAGAUGUAUCAAAGGUGGAGAAAUUCCAGCUACCUGAUUCCGAAUAUGACAAGAGAGCAGAUUCGGCACGCUCCUUCAUGAAGCGCAGUAAAUUGGGGCAGUACAACAAGGAAGAAAUGUUGAAGAAGGAAGCGGAUCAGGAGCAGAAGCUGGUGGAGGAGAAGGCCUUGGCAGAGGCCAUUUCGGUGGGGGCCAGGUGUGAGGUGCGGGCACUGGGGCAGCCCAGCAAACGAGGGACAGUGAUGUAUGUCGGCUUAACAGAGUUCAAACCUGGUUACUGGGUCGGUGUCAAGUAUGACGAACCUUUGGGGAAGCACGAUGGCAGUGUAAGUGGCAAGCAGUACUUUGAGUGCCAACCCAAGUAUGGAGCCUUUGUGAAGCCUCAGCACAUCAUGGUGGGAGAUUUUCCAGAAGAGGACUUUGGGCUGGAGGAUGAAAUGUGAUGGGGGUGGGAGGAGGCAGAGGGCAGCCGAAAGAACCAGAGAGGGCCACAAUGGUCUCCCUUCAUGCGACUGCCGUGAUUGCUGCUGCAUUCUGAUUCUGCGCCAGAGGUUACUGGGGCGAGCCAGAGGGAGAAGACUUGGAAGCUACUGCGUGUUCUUCAGCUUGUGUUUGGUGGUUUUUCUUUCCCUUGGUUGUCCCUGUUUGUUCAGUGAAGAUGCCACAUCCCUUUGGUUUUCUCACCUAGACACCCCUCCGUGCCAAUUGAGUAACGUAGAGUAUACCAGCGUGUCUUUGCAUUGUAGUAGCAACCCCUUGAUUCAGGGGGUGGAGAGGGUGGGCAGCAAGGUUCCCCCCCCCGCCGUUUCCCACCGUGCAGCUGAGUGGUUACAGAAGCUGUGAGCAGAACACGUUGGAAGGGAAUUUCAAGGCAGAGUUGUAUAAGCUCCCUUCUGCUUUAAAAACAAAAUCUAAACAGAGAUUACUGUGACCAUCCAUUGUCCUUCCAUUGUGAAGAAUUACUUUUCAUUCUGCUGGCUGAUGCUAAGUAAUUGCAAAUUAAAAUUUUGGGGUGGGAAAUACAUUCCAGACAAGA